GAUCAACGUGUAUAGAUCUGGUUCCGUAUGAACUUUACCAGGUCCAGCGGUAUAGCGGACUAUCACUAUAGCUUCAAUGUCAACAACAGUUAAAAAAACAAAACAAAUAGAAUAAUAGAUGCAUAUCUAGAUCUAGAAACUCUUACCGAAAAAUUAUCCGACUCUAGAUCUGUUAAAUAGAAAAAUCUCUCUAGAUCUCCAUACAAUUUUCUUUUUAAACACAUUUUUUAAUGAUGAAUCAGCUGCGAAAUGUGUGGAGUGCAGUACUUAUGCCAGCGUUAAAUAAUCUUCAAAAACCCCACUGUUUUUCUAAUCAGUUGAAAGGGACAAAUUUUCGCUGUCUUUCCCUUUUUUAUAAUCCAAGCACACAGCCUUUGUAUCAGACUUUUUCUCCUGUGUCCGGUUCAAAGCCAUCCUCAUCCAAACCACUAGUUGCUCCUGCUUCCAAUGUUAUACAGUGUAUUAGAAGUAAAAACACGGGUAAGAGAGAAUAUUAUAAAGGAAGUGCUUGGAAACGCUACAACAAGAAUAACAUAGAGCGAAGACUGUCAACGACUGGAGGUUUGGCAAUGUUGUGGAGAAAAACAUUGAAAGGAAGACAUCAGUUAGCAGCAUAUGAAAGAAUUCUACCAAAUACAGUAGGUGGUAAAAUUUUACCUGACCAUCACUUCAAAUACAAUGCUCACCCCUUAACAAGGAACAGAUUGCCAAAGCCUGGACUAUUCUGAGGCUUAAUUCAACCAAUGUUUGAUGGUUGUUUGCUUAAAUAAAAUUACAUAACUGUU